CCCGAGCUCUCGGAUUCCUCACCACUCACUCACUCAUCAACCACUCCAGUCCUUCCUUUGAGGCUUUGAUAUUCUUGUAUUGCCUGGUGCAAUAACCUUCCUUUUCCCACAUUCCUUUCUGUUUACACCGGACUUCGUCGAUCGAGUCUGCCAUACAUUCCUUUUCAGGAUACUCUAGUACCGAGUCAGCUCAACGCUUUUUUGAAACCUUCCUUCCAAAAACAUCCGUCAAGAUGUUCUUCGCUAAGUCCUUCAUUGCCGCCGGUGGCCUUGCCGCCGUCGCCCACGGCCACAUGCUCCUGCGGGUUCCUGCUCCCUACGAAAACCCGAAGCUUCAGCUCGGGCCCCUGGACCCUAGCGGCAGCAAUUACCCGUGCCAGGCUCAGACCGGUGCUACGUUUUCGGGCACGCCGACCGAGAUGGCCAAGGGCUCCAAGCAGAAGAUGGGCUUCACCGGAUCUGCCGUCCACGGCGGCGGCUCUUGCCAGAUCUCCCUCACCUACGACAACCCGCCCACCGCCCAGAGCGCCUUCAAGGUCAUCCACUCCAUCGUGGGUGGCUGCCCUGCCCGCGGCGUCGAUGGGAACGCUGGAAACGACCCCAACGCGCAGGCCAAGGACGAGUACGAGUUCACGAUCCCUGACGACAUCCCUGCCGGCAAUGCCACGCUUGCUUGGUCGUGGCUGAACAAGAUCGGCAACCGCGAGUUCUACAUGAACUGCGCCCCCGUCUCCAUCACCGGUGACGGUGGCAGCAAGGAUGCCCUGAACGCGCUGCCCGACAUGUUUAUCGCCAACAUUGCCCCUGGCGGAGACUGCAAGACCACCGAGGGUACCGACGUCGAGUUCCCCAACCCGGGCAAGUCGGUCGAGAACAACGGCGGCAAAUUGGGCAAGCCCGUCGGCAACUGCGGCGGUGGUGCCGGCUCUGGCUCCGGCUCCGGCUCUGGCUCCGGCUCUGGCGGUGCUGCUAGCACUCCUGCUGCUGGUGCCGCCGCUGCCGCUUCCACUACUAGACGUUCGUUACACCUCAAGAUCGAGGGCUAG